AUGCAUUUCUCCAUCCCCGAGACGGAGGUUCGCUCCGAUGUAAUAAAAUGGAUCGCUUACAAUAUCCAUGUGAAUGGUGUCUUGCAUUGUCGAGUACGUUACAGCCAACUCCUGGGCCUCCAUGAACAGAUAAAAAAAGAAUAUGGAAAUAAUGUGGUGCCAGCUUUUCCACCAAAGAAGAUCUUCACCCUCACACCGGCUGAAGUCGAACAGAGAAGAGAACAGUUAGAGAAGUACAUGCAAGCUGUGCGUCAGGACCCCAUUCUGGGAUCCAGUGAGAUGUUCAACAGCUUUUUGAGAAAAGCUCAACAGGAGACCCAGCAGAUUCCCACUGAGGAGGUGCAGCUAGAAAUCUACCUGUCCAAUGGACAGAAGGUCAAAGUCAACAUCCUCACAUCGGACCAGACUGAAGAUGUUCUGGAGGCUGUGGCCUCAAAGCUCGACCUUCCUGAUGAGCUGGUGGGAUAUUUCAGCCUCUUCCUGGUUCAGGAGAGGGGGGAUGGGGGAUGCACGUACGUGAGAAAACUGCAAGAAUUUGAGCUGCCCUACGUGUCCAUCACCAGCCUGCAUAGUCCCGACUACCGUAUCGUCCUCCGUAAAAGCUACUGGGACACAGGCUACGACAGUGAUGUCAUGGAUGACCGUGUGGGACUCAACUUGUUAUAUGCUCAGGUCACAGUCUCCGGGGUUUAAAAGCGGUUGUCUGAAAUAGAGCGGGGAUGGAUCCUUGUGAACAAAGAGCAGCACAGGCAGCUGAAAUCCCUGCAGGGAUAAAGGCUCAAAGAAGGAGGUACGUGCUGAGACUUCAUCAGAUUGGCCUCCGACUCUGGGAAGUACUCUGGCUAUAUCAAGUUUGAUCCCUGCAUCACAGAUUUUCCUGAGAAGGGCUGUCAUGUUAUAGUUGGUGCUGGUAACAACGAACUCAACUUUCACGUCAAAUUGCCCAGUGAUCAGAUUGAAGGAGGCAGCGUCAAAGUCACACGCAAUGAGAUGAUGGCGGGCAGGUUCCUGUGGCGAAACGGCUUCACCGCAAACCCAAGCAGUUCCAGUAAAUGUGACGUGAAACUAGAGCUGGCCUUCGAGUACUUGAUGAGCAAGAGACCGUCUGCAUUUUUAUUGUUUUUCCCCCGGGCUAUCAUGAUGAGUAUCUGCCUGCAGUCUAUGGUAGAUGAGCUGAUGGUGAAGAAAUCUGGCGGAUAAGCAUUAAAAAGGUCAAUGCAGAAGAAGCGACUGAACUGAACGGCUCGUUCCAGCGCUCUGGACAGUCAGCAAGUUGUGAAGUCUCCUCCAUUACUGGAUUCCCCUGAUCCCAGCCGUGAACAAGUAGUCAAACUCUCUACCAAGCUGUCGUCUGUCUCCCUGAGAGGACUAAGUUCUUCCAACUCAGCCAGUGACAUCAGUGGCAAUGAUUUCCAUGGAAACUACUCCUUUUUUGAAGGAAUAGGGGACGAUGACCUGUGUGAUGGAGUCAUCCUCAAAGACUGGACUAAAGGAGACAGAUUCAUUUAGCGGUUUCUCUGCGAUGAGUGUAGUUUAAUAGACGCCCAGUUCUGCAGUUUUGUAAUCCAUUUUUGAAAAAAAAAAAAAUAUUUCAAGGGUUUCAAAAAUGGCCUAUGAAGUACAUAAUUUUGACUCGAGUCUCUCAUUACUUCUAUGAGAGUCCUCAGAUUCAGUGCUCGCUCAAUUAAAGUAACAAAAAUUGGAUAAUUUCAUAUUUGAGGCAUAAUUAGAGACAACGUCAAUGGUUAAAUUAAUACAGGGUUACAUAGGCACCUCAGGGCAAGUUGCUACAUUCAAGAGAGGCUGUGAUGAAAUUUUCUUCUGAAGACGGGCUUUAUUGAAUCGUACUUCCUUACUAGAGACACAAAACUGUGCUUUUCCACUCAUGUCAUUAUCUGGCAGACACAAAAUUCCUGUUGUCUCAUUUUCUCGACUGCUCAUGACAGUAGUUGCCUACUAGAGUAAGAUCCAUACCAGCGAACUCUGUUAUGUUCCCUUCAAAAUCAGUUUUGAGAAUAUUAUUUAAUAGAGAUGUGCUUCGUAUCGUUCAGUGUGCCAAUGUUGCUCAAACUAUUGCGUGGUAGCGGCAAUAUUAUCCAAUGGCGUGGUAGAUCUCUGCAGCUUCCUGUUUGUUUGUUUUUUGUUUUUUUUCAGGAGAGGUAACCUCGACCUGACGCCUACUGCAUAUUCAUUGCAUAUCCUGGAUGAAAAUACAAGAUCUUUAUUGUGGCCUGCUUUUUCUCUGCCUUAUGCUGAUUCAGACGCCUUACAGUUUAACUUCUCAAAUUUAACAUUAAAUGUAGCGCCGGGCACAAGUUGGCUAAAAAGCUUCUCUCAAUCUGGCCUCAGCUGUGUCCUGAAUCUCUUGUUUUGGUGUGUUCGGCAGGCCCGCUUGCACUAG